ACAAUAAGCUUUGUGCUGUUUUGAGUCUAAAGUUAGCCACUUUGACAAUUUGCCAAACAUUGCGUGCUGAAAACCGGACAUUCAAAUUUGAUUCAAAUACAAAUAAUGCGUAUCACGAUACAUGAAUUGAAAGUGAAGUGCAGUUUUGAAGUUUCAACAAGUGGCACACUGGCACCAUAACUUGUUGACAAGUGAAAACCCAGUGUUUAGUGAGAUUACGAAGAGAUCGGUACGUCCUUCCAUUGAGGUCAAAUAAGAUUGAAACUAAUGCCGGCGUCCAGUAAUCUCAGUUUUUGAGCACUUCUUAGAGCGGCAACACAGUCAGUUAUCGCUAGUAGAAGCAUCUUUCGCGCCAUGAAGAAGUUCGAUCUCGACGAUAUACUCAUAUCUAUAGGAGGAUGGGGAAAAUUUCAAACUUUGUACUAUGCCGUUUUGUGCACCGCGAUUAUUUUCUCAGUUUUUCCGGCCAUGAAUUACAUUUUCAUCGCGAGGGACAUCAAGUACAGGUGUAAAAUUGAUUCUUGUGAUAGAGAAAACGGCGAUUUUAACCCAGAUUGGUUGAAAAACGCCGUUCCUUUCGAACAAAACGUUCCGAGCAAAUGUUCCUACUAUCAACCUGAAGAGAAUGACACUUGUACUAGUUUUGUAAAAAACGAGACUUUAACAUGUCAUGAUGACUUUGUUUACGAAAGACUAGAAACGACAAUUGUCCACGAUUUUAAUAUAAAAUGCGAUGAAAAUCUUUGGAAGUUGACAAUUAUAGGAACAAUCAAUGUAGUAGGAAAACUUGUGUGUUUGCCACUUGCUGGGUUCUUCUCCGACCGAUUUGGUCGAAAGUCUAUGGUCAUCGUUAGCGUACUUUUAAGCACGAUUGUGGGUCUUGUGCGGUCGUUUUCCGUAAAUUACUACAUGUAUGUCGGUUUGGAGUUUUUAAAUACAGUCGUGGGCUCAGGAAUAUACAGCGGGGCCUUUAUUUUAGCUUUAGAAUUAGUCGAUUCAAAACGCCGUAAUUUGGGCAACAGUAUCAUAUGUUUGGCCUUCACCGUGGGCCAUAUUUUGUUAGGGGCCGCUGCUUGGGUGUCCCCAACUUGGCAAUUUAUGACUCAGAUAAUGUACGGUCCUGGGAUUUUGGUCACAAUUCUUUUGUGGUUUGUCCCCGAGUCCGUCCGAUGGCUGAUCGCGCGCAACAAAAUCGAAAAGGCUGAAGGCGUCCUAAAAUCAAUCGCGAAAAUCAACGGCAAAGAACUGACCGAAGAAACGAUUAAAACAAUUCCGUAUCUUGAGGACAGCAAGAGUGACGGUGACGAAGCGAUUCCUUUGAUGGCAAUUCUGAAAAAGAAAAGCCUCCUCAUUCGAAUCAUCCAUUGUUCGUUCACUUGGAUCUGCUGCAAUUUCCCUUACUACGGCUUAACCAUUCAAUCAGUGGCUUUAUCUCAGGACAUUUAUGUAAAUUAUAUGUGCGUCUCGGUGGUUGAAAUUCCUGCUUAUAUAUUAGCCUACGGGGCUUUGGAUCGAAUCGGGCGAAAGAAAACCCUCGCUCUGAGCCUCAUCCUCACAGGAGUGGCGUGUCUCAGUGUCGAUUUUAUCAGAGCAGGAAGUCCACUCGCACUCGUAGUCUUCCUCUCCGGAAAACUCUUUGUUACCGUGUCUUACAUGACUAUUUACAUUUACACGGCUGAACUAUUCCCCACUAGCUCCAGACAUUCCGCCUUUGCCGUGUGCUCCAUGUUUGGAUGCGUCGGCUCGAUGCUGGCGCCACAAGUGCCCUUAUUGGCCAAAGUUUACAAGCCCCUGCCGCUGAUGGUCUUCUCGGCUCUCGCCUUCACGGCCGGACUGCUCGCCUUCCUGUUUCCGGAGACGAAAGACACGAAAAACCCAGACGAAAUAGACAAAUCCUGAUUUUAGCACAUUGUAGCUGAUUAUGUAAAUAGUUCAAAAGUGUGCAAGUUUGUACGUAAUUAGACUCAUUUUUGCGAGUGUUAGAAACGGCAAUGGAUUUUUCACGGUCAUCAUUCAAUACCCUUGAAGAUAUCGCGGCGAUUCCAGUUUUCGGCAUUUUAAUGUGUCUUGUUGUUUUUUAAUUGUUUCCGCUUUUUUCACAACGAAAAAACUGAUGAUUUAUUUAUUUCUAAAACGUCUAGAAUCAUCGCCAAAAAUUUUGUUUGAUUUAACAGUUUGUUGAUAAUUCUUGCAAAUUUAUUCAAGGAGGAAGUUUGUACUUUCAUACAGUUAGUGCAUCUCAUUGUUGGAUUAACUGUUCCUUAUUUGUUUACUAUAAAAGGUCAAAACGACCUCGGACUGCACCUCGGAGUGUAAAAUUGAUUUGUUAUUAAAAUUGUCUUUUAAUACAUUUAUAUUAUGUACGUAUGACUUGAUAAAAAAUUGGUUUCAAACACUA